GGGGAGCGCGCUGGGCGCUGCGCCUCCAUCCGUGCCCGCCGUGCCGCCGGCAUGUUCUCCAGGAAGAGCCACGCCGACGUCAGGAAAUCCACGCAGAAGGCGCUGGACCCCAAGCGGGACGUGCUGACCCGCCUGAAGCACCUCCGCGCUCUGCUGGAUUUGGCCUGGAAUUCUCAAUUAAAGGUGUUUCAAAAGCCUCAUUCUGCUGUCUUUUAUUGUAUGUUUCUGGCAAGCAAUGUUGUUUUGUGUCUUGCAGGGAAUAAAUCACAAAGGGAGGAGCUGGACUCCAUCCUCUUUCUUUUUGAAAAAAUAUUGCAGCUGCUACCAGAGAGGAUUUUUUAUCGAUGGCAUUUUCGCAGUAUAGGGUCGAUCCUGAAGAAGCUUUUGCACACUGGAAAUUCUCUCAAGCUCAGGUGUGAAGGAAUCCGCCUGUUCCUGCUGUGGCUGCAAGCCCUGCAGACCAACUGUGGCGAGGAGCAGAUCCUGAUGUUCGCCUGCCUGGUGCCUGGCUUCCCCCCGCUGCCGUCCUCGCACGGGCCCUGCACGCUGGAGAGCCUGGUCAGCCCCCCGGCCGCGCCCGACGCCAAGAUAUUUCCAGAAGAAAUAACACCGCUUUUGCCAGCUGUCUCUGGAGAGAAAAUUGCAGAAGACCAGACCUGCUAUUUUCUCCAGCUCCUGCUAAAAUAUAUGGUAAUUCAGGCUGCCAGCUUGGAGUGGAAGAACAAGGAGAACCAAGACACUGGGUUUAAGUUUCUCUUUACGUUGUUCAGAAAAUACUAUCUUCCUCACUUGUUCCCGUCUUUUACAAAGCUAACCAACCUCUACAAACCUGUGCUGGACAUCCCUGAUAUCAGGCCGAGGCCGGUGUAUGUCACUGCAACACGGAACAAUGAGAGUGUCUACUGCACAAAAAUCCCCUACAUGGCAGCUCGAGUGGUUUUUAUCAAGUGGCUCGUUACCUUCUUCCUUGAAAAGAAGUAUUUAACUGCUGUUCAGAAUACAAAAAAUGGAGGAGAAAUGCUCCCCAAAAUUAUUCAGACUGUCGCCGCGGGCCAGGAGAAGAGCGCGGAGCUGGAGGCGGGCGCGGCGGUGCCGGCGGGCGAGCAGGAGCGCGGCCACUCCGGCAGCAGCAGCAGCAGCCUGUCAGACAGGAGGCUCAGCAGCUGCAGCCUGUGCAGCGUGGAGGAGCAGCACCGUGGUGUCUAUGAGAUGGUGCAGGGCAUCCUGCUCUCCACACGCGGAUACGUCAACUUCGUCAACGAGGUGUUCCGCCAGGCUUUUUUGUUGCCGCCUUCUGAUAUAUCCGCAACACGGAAGGUGGUGAAAGUGUACCAGAAGUGGAUACUGCAGGAGAAACCUGUGUUCAUGGAGGAGCCAGACAAGAAGGAGGACAGCCAGGAUGCUGUUGCUCCCUUGGAAGACUCCUCAGUGCAAACAGACGGUAAACAUCUCUCCUCGGAGCCCUGCGGGCACAAGCGCUCCUCCAGCUGGGGCAGGACCUACUCCUUCACCAGCGCCGUCAGCAGGGGCUGCGUGCUGGAGGAUGAGGACAGGGAUGUGAAGGCUGGAGCUCAGGCUGCACUGCAGGUAUUCCUGACAAACUCGGCGAAUGUUUUCCUGCUGGAGCCGUGCACUGAGGUCCCUUUGCUGCUGAAGGAGCAGGUGGAUGCCUGCAAAGCUGUUCUCAGCAUCUUCAGGCGCAUGAUAAUGGAGCUGCCCAUGAACAGAAAGACGUGGGAACAGAUGCUGCAGAUACUCCUCAGAAUAACAGAAGCUGUGAUGCAGAAGCCAAAGGAGAACCAGACAAAGGAUACAUUUGCUCAGAGCAUGGCAGGGCUGCUGUUCCGAACCCUCAUUGUGGCUUGGAUCAGAGCCAACCUGAGCGUUUACAUCUCCCGGGAGCUGUGGGAUGAUCUGCUCAGUGUCCUGUCCUCCCUGACGGACUGGGAGGAGCUCAUCAACGAGUGGGCCAACAUCAUGGACUCCCUGACAGCAGUGCUGGCCAGGACUGUGUAUGGUGUGGAGAUGACAAACCUGCCCCUGGAUAAGCUCAGUGAGCAGAAGGAAAAAAAGCAGAGAGGCAAAGGUGGUGUUUUGGAGCCUCAGAAGACAGCUGUAGUAGGAAGAUCUUUUUCCUUAAGCUGGAAAAGUCACCCUGAAGUUGUGGAGCCAAUGAGAUUCAGAAGUGCCACAACCUCCGGGGCCCCGGGAGUGGAGAAAGCAAGAAACAUUGUCCGUCAGAGAGCCACAGAAGUUGAAGAAUCUCAACAGCUGGAAAAUUCAGAAGGAACAGAAGCUGCAGGCCUAUUUGCAGACCAAGAGCAGCAACUAACUCGAAGCAGCAGCACUUCAGAUAUUGCAGAUCAGAUUCCAUCUGAUUUUUUUCAAGGUAAAAAGGCUGGAAAUUCAACUUCCGACUCCAAAUCAGUUCAGGAAAAUAAGGGAUAUGUAAAGGAGCAUGAAGCUGAGCAAGUGCUAAUGCAGAGGAGCAGCAGUACAGCUGAGUUGGAUCUGAAAGCAGACUUGCAGCAAUCUCACGGGUAUUACAGAGAGAGGGAGAAAAGUGAGAGCGUGAGCAGUGACACGUCCCUGGGCUGUGGAGCUGACGUGGACAUCGCCCUGGUGGCCUGGCAGGCGGCUGAGGAUGAGCCCGAGGCGGGGCCGGCCGCGGGAGCCGGCGGGGAUCCUGCGGCACCGCGCUGGCUCCAGCUCAGCCCCUCGCAGGAGCCCGCCAACCUCACAGACAGCAGUGAGUUCCUGGCUGAUGAUUGCAGUAUAAUUGCUGGUGGAAGCCUCAUUGGUUGGCAUCCUGAUUCUGCUGCUGUGCUGUGGAGGAGAAUCCUGGGAAUUCUUGGAGAUGUGAACAACAUACAGUCACCUAAAAUCCAUGCAAAAGUUUUUGGCUACCUUUAUGAGCUGUGGUUUAAACUUGCAAAGAUCCGGGACAACCUCGCUAUCAGCGUUGACAAUCAGUCAACUCCCUCUCCUCCCGUCCUGAUCCCUCCUCUCAGGAUAUUUGCAUCAUGGCUGUUCAAGGCAGCCAUGCUGCCCAGCGAGUACAAGGAGGGCAAGCUGCAGGCGUUCCGGCUGCUCUGCGCCAUGAUGAGCCGGCGCCAGGACCUGCUGCCCAACUCGGACUUCCUGGUGCACUUCUACUUCGUCAUGCGCCUGGGGCUCACCAGCCAGGACCAGGACAUCCUGAACACUGUCAUAAAGCACUGCCUGCCAUGGUUCUUCUUCCUGGGGCUGCCUGGCUUCACAAUGCUGAUCGGGGACUUCCUCGGAGCAGCAGCGCGCGUGCUGAGCGCGGACACGCCGGAGGCUCCCCGCUCCGAAGCUCACACCAUCCUUGGUGCUCUUGUGUGCUUUCCCAACACCUACCAAGGAAUCCCACAGCUGGGACCCAUCUCAGAAGCUGGUGAGAGCAUCACAGGGACUGCAGAUUUGAAGUGUUGCCUCAUAAAUAUUUUAUUGAAGAAUGCCACGGAGGAGCCAUGUGAAGCUGCAAGAUGCAUAGCCAUCUGUGGCCUCGGCGUGUGGAUCUGUGAGGAGCUCAUGCAGUGCACAAGCCACCCCCAUGUGAAGAAAGCCAUCAAUGUCAUAGGUGUGACACUGAAGUUUUCCAACAAGCUGGUAACUCAGGUAGCCUGUGAUGUCCUUCAGCUGCUGGUGUCUUACUGGCAGAAGCUUCAGGAGUACGAAUCCUCCCUGUGCCGGAAAAUUACGGAAAUCCUGGUGGCCACCAUCGCGUUCCUCCUGCCCGGUGCCGAAUACUCCUCCAUGGAAGCAGAUAAGAAGUUCAUAGUUUCACUGCUGCUUUGCUUGCUGGACUGGUGCAUGGCACUGCCCAUGAAAAUGCUGCUGGAGCCCGUGUCUGCUGGUGCUGUGGAGGAUCAACAUGCAUCCAAAGCUCCUUUGCUGGAUUAUAUUUACAGAGUCCUGCACUGCUGCAUCAAUGGCUCUAGCACCUACACGCAGCAAAGCCACUAUGUGCUGAGCCUGGCUGACCUCUCCUCCUCUGACUAUGACCCCUUCCUGCCCCUGGGGAACGUCAGGAGCUCCUCAGAGCCAGCCCAGUGCCCGUCCCCCACCGAUUUGGGCAACCUGCUCACCGUGGCUGAAGAGAAGAGGAGGAGGAAUCUGGAGCUGAUCCCUCUCACAGCGAGGAUGGUCAUGACUCACCUGGUGAAUCACCUGAGCCACUACCCGCUCAGCGGGGGCCCCGCCAUCCUCCACAGCCUCCUGAGCGAGAACCACGACAAUUCCUACGUGGAGUCCUCCGAGCUGUGCUCGGAAGUGUUCCGCAGCCCCAACCUGCAGCUCUUCGUGUUCAACGACAGCACCCUCAUCUCCUACCUCCAGAUCCCCACCGAGAAGAAGGCGGGAGCCGAGCCAACAGCGGCGCCGCCCUCGGACGUGCGGGUGAUCGUGCGGGAUAUCUCAGGGAAGUACUCCUGGGAUGGCCGGGUCCUGUACGGGCCUCUGGAGGGCUGCCUGCCCCAGCGCAGCACGGCCGCUGCCUUCGCCAUCUCCAGCGACCCACAGCAGCAGCAUGGCCUUUGCCAGAGCGAUGGCUCCCAGGUGGAGGAGGGAGAGGACGCCCUGGACCAGCUGCUGGAGAGGAUCGGGAGCAGCAGCCCCGAGUGCCUCCCGCACCCGCAGCGCAAGCUGAACGAGCCGGCGCCGCCGCCCUGCGGGAUGAGCGCCGAGCAGGAGCGCGCCAUCACCGAGGCCCUGCUGCAGCAGAGCGCCCAGGAAAGGGAGUUCAUCCUGAAAUGCAGCUCGGACUGCAGCAUGAGCGUGGCCCGCCAGGAGCCACCGCCUCCUGCCCAGCCCCAAGCCUCCUUUUAUUUCUGUCGGCUGCUGCUGAACGACUUGGGAAUGAACUCCUGGGAUAGAAGGAAAAGCUUUCAUCUGCUGAAGAAAAAUUCAAAGUUGCUGCGAGAACUGAAAAAUCUGGAUUCUCGCCAGUGUCGUGAGACUCACAAGAUCGCCGUGUUCUACAUCGCUGAGGGACAGGAGGACAAGUGCUCCAUCCUGGCCAACGCCAGGGGAAGCCAGGCCUAUGAAGAUUUUGUGGCUGGGCUGGGCUGGGAGGUCGACCUCUCCACGCAUGGUGGGUUCAUGGGUGGCCUGCAGCGCAACGGCAGCACGGGGCAGACCGCGCCCUACUACGCCACCUCCACCGUGGAGAUCAUCUUCCACGUGUCCACCAGGAUGCCCUCCGACUCAGAUGACUCACUGACCAAAAAGCUCCGUCACUUGGGGAAUGACGAGGUGCACAUCGUGUGGUCCGAGCACACCCGCAACUACCGCAGGGGCAUCAUCCCCACCGACUUCGGGGACGUCCUCAUCGUCAUCUACCCCAUGAAGAACCACAUGUUCUUCAUUGAGAUCAUGAAGAAACCCGAGGUGCCAUUUUUCGGUCCCCUCUUCGACGGCGCCAUCGUGACGGCGAAGCUGCUGCCCAGCCUGAUCUGUGCCACGUGCAUCAACGCCAGCAGAGCCGUCAAGUCCCUCAUCCCACUCUACCAGAGCUUCUACGAGGAGAGAGCUCUGUACCUCGAAGCCAUCAUCCAGAACCAUAAAGAAGUGAUGACGUUCGAGGAUUUUGCCGCUCAGGUCUUCUCUCCCUCUCCCAGCUACUCCCUCGGUGGAACUGGUGAGUUCUGUACAUUAUUCUUCUCUGUAGCCCUAAGAAGCACUUGAGCAGCAGAUGUACACCUGUUUUUUGUAGAUAAAUGCUUGCAAAUUUAAGACUACUAUUCUUCCCCUGAAUCAACUAAUGAAUAUCAAAAGGAAUGAUGACAUUCAUUUUAAUUUGUUUUGCAUCAGAGCUAUUCACACUGCUCCUUUCUUCAGCUAUCCUGUUAACCUCCAACUCCAGCAAGGUUAAUGAACUUUCUCGCAGUGAUGGGCUCGGGCUCAUUCAGGACUCAGGGUUCUUGCUGAGCUGGGAAUAUGUUGCUCAAAAGUGAGGCCUGAAUCGGGGCUCACUUAUCAGAAAUAGUUCCUCGCAGGGGAAGCUGCUGUUAAUGCUAAAUGGGGAUUAUGCUGCUGAGCUACCAGGGUCAGGGAUUAAUGCACAAGAAACGCAGGAUCGGGUGCUGUUGGAGAAUCGCAGCGGCAGGCGGGAUGCAGGCACGGAGCGCGCUGCAGGCUGCCCUGCAGCACCUGGCCUGGAGCCUCUGCAGGGUUUGUGAUGGGGGUGUGGGUGUGUGAGGGGCUGUGUGGUGUCUCUGUGUGUGUGUGUGCGUGCACAUCAGUGCUCAUCAGUCAUCUGCCUGCUGAGAGGUGACAGCAGUGUGCCCAACUCGGGGAAUUUACUCCUCAUGUGCCUUGUGGACGGUUAGGUUAGUGUGCAGUCACAAUCGCUGUCCGGCUGGUUUGAUUAAGUUUAAGUGAACCUCUCCUGAAAGGGAGCUUUGGCUCUGAAAUGCACAUUUCCAGUGCCUUCAAAAUGUGGUUUUUUCCAGCAUCCAGAAUGUAUCUGGUCACCAUGUGCUGGACUCUCUAACAAAGAUUCCUUAAUCUGUUGUUGACACUCCUAGGGUGACACUGGCACUUUCUCAUCAUUCCCUGCUUCUCUUUUGGAUUGCUGAAUAGAUUAUUUCCAACCUGUAUAAACGUUGCAGGACAUCUGCUCUAUUUCUCUUUAGCCUGACUUGUUAGCAGAUAUCUUCCAUCUAAACUGAAACACUGAAGGAAGAAAUUAAAUUUGCUCACAUAAAUCACUUAGGAAUAAAACCAGCCGUGCAGCAUUGUCUGGCGUUGCUGGCUCCAAUCCUGGCGUGCUUGGAGCUUUGUGAGGAGAUAAGAGGCCUGUGCUGGCCGGGCAGUGGUGGCCAGGAGCAGCAGGCAGAAGGCUUUGGAGAUAAGCACUGGCAGGAGGGGGGAGGAAGCCAGGGCCAUUUACAUAAUCGCACCUCUUCGUCCUGGAGAGGCUCAGGGAACAUGGGAUGCAUCUAUUGAUCUCUGCUGAACUGGAAUACUAAACAACGCUAGGAAAGCUUAUAACUUAAAGCUUUGAUUAAUGUUUCCUACAUUAAAAAGUAGAACAGCUGUGCAUUAAAUUCUUUUAUACAC